AAAUAAGAACGACCAUUGGCGUUUCUCAAGUUUUAUCCGGGAAAAAAAUUACCAAAAUGGCCAAAAGUAACACAAAAUAGCCUGGCCGAGAAGUUUAGCCAUUCGAACUCGGAAUCUUGCUAUUGGUAGUUUGUCAACAAUCAAAAGAAUUUACGCCAAUUGACGGCCAAAUUUGCAUCAAACGUAAGCAAUGCCAGCAUCAUGAGAAUCCUCACAUCUACACAGGCUGCCUUUUCGUCCUCUCGUGUUAAUUUUCAUUUCGCUAGAUUUGUAUCGUCAGCUUUACCUGCAAAAUCUUCAUUGCUGUAUUUUAGCCAUAUAUUUUCAACUCCGCAGCUCAGGGCGGCCAAAAUAGUCAAGUUUUCACAGGGAAAAUUAAAUCGGAGCAUCCGUGCAAUGGCCAAAGCAGAAGAUGCUAGAAAGCCACCAGCUUUGCCUCUGCCGCCAGUUUCCUCAACAAAGUUCAAGAUUGCCUUGUGCCAGUUAUCUGUGACCGAAGACAAGGAAAGGAAUAUAGCUCAUGCUCGUGUUGCUAUAGAGGCUGCGGCCGAUAAGGGUGCUCAACUUGUAGUAUUGCCUUUUGCCGUGGCCGUUUUGCAGACCUUUCCCUUUUUCUCCCCCGUGCCCCCCCAUUCCUUGCUCGGAGGUUCUUCCCUUAUACCCCGUGGAGGGGAAGGGUUGCAUCCCUCCACGGGUCCCUUCCGCACGAAGGGAUGUGCCGGGGUUGCGAGUACCGUCGCACCACUUCGUGCGGGGGGGAAGGGUAGUCGUGAUGGCUCCCGUGUAUUACGUAGUUCGUAG